UUGCGCUGUAACACACAACCGUACCAUUCCAUUGGAAGAGGCCCAUUUGCACCGUGUCGUACGUGCUUCUAAUCGACCUGCUGCGCUCUGGCAGUACUAACCACUGCUGCUGUUGCUGCAAACUGUGUUAACUGAGUCUGUGUGUGUGUGAAGGGGGGAGGGAAAAGAUACUGCAGAGAGCAAGAAGCCGUACCGGAGGACCGAGUUUUUUUCCCCCGUAGUGUAAUUAUAGUCGCGUCCGCAACACAGGUAGGGGACCCCGACCCCGAAGGCAAACCCCGCAAUGCCUUUGACGGAUUGUGAUUAGUGAAUUUCGGUGUAAAGUGUUCCAUCUUCCUGCUAGAAAAGCGAGAAGUGGUGCUGCUGUUCCGCAAUGAGUGCUCCCAAGUGAAUCAAUCAAAGUGCAAAAACGUGUGCGUGUGUGUGCAAGUGAAAAAUAAAGAAAAGUGUCCAGCGCAAAGUGAGGUGGUGAAAUAGUAAAGUGUCGGCCCGCGACUGAUUAUGUAGUCGGCUGUCUGCACUCGGCUAAGGAUUAAUAGUAAAUCAUUUCCUCCACCCUUUCCGACGUCCCCUUUACACGAACAGGGAACCCCGUUGCCCUUUCUCACUCCCUCUCUUUCCCCGGCAGAGCGGUCUUCGCACAUUUUCGUCCCAAUCAUUUAUGAAAGAGGAUUAUGAAUGUGGACUAAAUCGAUUAAUAUCGAGGUGAUAGUUAUUUGCUUACUGUCCAUCAUACCAUGGCCCGGUCCGAGCGUGUUCAAGAUAUCAUGCUCCCGCGAAAGCUCGCGCGUCGUGCGCAAGAUCGUGCACUCGCGCUGGCUGCCCAUCCUGGAGAAGUACCAGGUGAAGCUGCCGCUCGAGUGUCCGUUUCAUCCGCUGCGCGACAUCUUCGGGCCGCAGCAGAGCGCCAAAAAGCAGCACCGGCCGAGCCAGUGGACGUGCGGUUUCUGCGGCAAGAGCUUCUUCGAGGAGAAGCAUCUCGAUAUGCACUUCGAGAAUCGGCACCGGACCAACAUCAACACGGCGGAAGAUGCCGUCUGUCUGGCGGACUACUGCGACAUGAUGCGCUGUGAGGUGCUGAUCGCGAAGGACGCGACGCUAGCGUUCGGCAGCGACCCGAAUGCCGUCUCGACCGAUAUUGAGGUGUGGAGUGAGGCGACCGCGUACCGGACGGCGCUGUCGACAUCAGGGCCGCGGGAUGUAGCGAAGGUUCCGGAAAGUAGGAAGUCACUGCUGCCGAAGAUGCUACAGACCAUUCGGGACGACGUGUUUCGGAACCGACAACCACCCCAAGGUGUAACCUCAGUGCUUCAGACGAAGGGUGCCGAUAACUGCGACAAGAACGAUGCCACCAAAUCGAAGAGCAGUCGGAAAGGAUCGAAAUCUGGUCAGGGAGAUAAAGAAGCUAAGGACAACCCAGUGGAAGAUGAUGACGACGAGGAUGAUGAAGAGGAGGACGAUGAGGAUGACGAGGACGAGGAGGAAGAGUCGGAGAACGAUAGCAACGCCACGUCACAGUGUGAGCAAAAUCUGGUCGACUCCUCGCUGCCACCGGUCGAUCGAAAGCAGCAACGCCUCUCGGAGAUGCAGCGCAUGAAGGCCAACUGUAAUGCGGAAGAGAUCGGCCAGCUGAAGACGCGCUGCGAGGUGCUGGUGCGCGACUGUAUCGUCGGGCUGCUGGUGCAGCUUUCGCUCGAGGACUUCCGUAGCAUGGAGGAGGAGAUGAACCGUGCCAUCUGCUGGUACUUGACGUGCGAGCGAUACUGGGAGGACGGUCCGCUAGAGCAGCGGCCCUUCCCAUGGGGGCUGGUGUUUGUGCUCGUGAUGGUGCUUUCGAUGGGCGUCUGCCUUUGCUACUACAUCAUCUGGAUACUGUUCGACAGUGAAGAUUUUAGUCCUUCCACGACCAACCAACAACUGCUCGGAGGCCAUCAUCCGACACCGGGCAGCGGUGGUGGCGGUGGCCAUCUACUGCACCACGGACGGCACUACCUACAACCGGGAACGGGCGGCAGCGGUGGCGGUGGCGGCGGUUCCGGCAUCUACCGAUUGCAGGACGGUGGCCAUCAUUCUGCCGCCAGCCUGAACAACCUCGUCGCGGGCACGAGCGGUAGUAACGACAUUCAGCAUACGCCCCAGAUACAUGCUUCCCCCGGGGCCCAGGGUGGUGGUGUUGGCUCAGCAUCCGCCAUGCUCUACACGACGGCCGACGACGGUGGUGGUGGCUACGGCUAUGCGGCAGGUUCCGCAGGCGGUUCCGCCGCUGCUCGAAUGAUCGCUGCGUCCGGCGGUGGCGGUGAUGUGUCCGCAACGAGCACGGCCGCGGCAGCGCUGGCGGCGAGUGGUGCGGGAGGCGGAUCAUCAGCCGGCGCGGCAACCGGUGGCGGUGACUUCGGUGAGCUGGGACAGAGCGAACACUACAUCUACGUGACGUAUCCACCGGAACUGAAGCGACGGCUGCUGGAAAGGUACGGUAGAGACAUCUAUAUGCAGCUGUUGCGCAAGGAUGUGUACGAUUACUACUAGCUGGUGUUGUUUUUACCUAUACUCGUUGUUACUGUUUUUACUUCCUCUUUUAAUCUCUCUUGCUAUCUUUUGUCGAUGUAUGGUACACUCACUUCGUCUUACACACACACACACACACACACAUACAAAGACACUGUAUUUUAUGUUUCGUUAUGUUUCACUUUUGUGAUGUGCGUGCGAGUGUGUGUUUCUGCUCUUCGUAUGUGAUGUGUGAUUUUGUGAUCGGUUAUAGCUUUAUGCCCUUAGAGAAGGUUUUUGUUUUUUGCACAUCUGCUCCAUAUUCGCGCGUCAGAUGUUUUUUGUGUGUGGCUGGAUUUGCUCUUCUUUUUGUGACAUGCCUCUUUCCUAUCGCGCGUCAUAGGUUUGCCUCUUUUUCUGUUCGUUUUUGUUGAGGCAUUAAGUUUUUGCAUACUUUUGACACCAAUAGAUGAGGGAUUUGCAGGUUAAGGAUGAGCUAAUUAUAAAACCCAAAUAGCUUAGUAGAGAGAGAGAGAGAAAGAGAGAGAGAUAGAGAGAGAGAGAAAAGUAGCAGCAUUUUCGGUGAAAAGAUCAUUCCUUUUUUCCCAAGUAAAGUUCACUUUGAGAGGUAACCCCACAACUGUCUUCAGGCAAAGAUUGUCCAGUGUGUCGCCGUUAUCUAGGAUGUGAUCCACACAACGAGAUUAGUCAAGUCCGCCCCCCCCCCCUCUUUACGAAAAGUAUUCUGAAGUUAUACUACAUAGCAGAGGAGAAGACCAAGCGUAGCGGAGGAGAAGACCAAUCUACCACUAGAGCAAGAGUGACCAAUACUAAAACCAGUGGAAAGGGUUUCAUUACGAUGCCACAACAACCAGUAUAGGACAGAAAUGGCCAGCAGAAGCUGCUUCUUGGAUAGUUUGGGGACGAGUAGCUACAUGCCUAGAGCACAAGCACAUAAGAGCACCCACAUGGUCCCACACACAUUGCUGUACAUACAAAGAGUGAGAGACAUUAGACAUUAAGAAGGCAUGAUGUGUGGGGGUUUGGUCAUCAUCCUACACGUAGGUACACCUACUCUACAAGAAAAACUUCCCUUAUCUUUAUUAAUCUUAACAAUAGCUACACUUUUAGUCAAUUUUGCUUGCGCGUUAGGAGUUCCGGGGAGCGAAGAGAGAUAAUAGGGUUAGAUGUAGUGAUGAACGCACCCACAAGCGAACAAGAUCUUUUAGAUAUGAGAUUUGCACACAGUUCAAAACAAACCACAGUAUUUUAAUAAUGUAAGAAGCCCUGCUGUUUAAUAAUGAUAUAGCGAUUAUCUAGCAAAUAACAGACAUACAUUAACGUCAUCGGUGGUCAGAGAAGAGUGUGAGGAAUCUCACUGGUGUGAGGACGCACAGGAUCUGACCAUUCCUGACAUCGUUACAUAUAUAGACGAAUAUCACAAGUACAAACAACACACAAAAACACACUUUUCUUUUCUUCUUGAUUAGAGGUCUCGCUCACUUUCGUGAGACCUUCCGUACUCAAUUCUCAAGACUAGUGAGGCGUAUAUAUCAUAUAAAAAAAGCGAUCCAGUAAGUAAAAUAAAAAGCUCUCUGUUAAACUACGAAACGAAAAGUGAUUCUUUUUUAUCUGUAGAAACAUUCAGUCAUAUCAUCGAUACAUAAUAAGUAUAUUAGAGCCAGAUUGUAAUGGCAGUACAAUUGCGGGCAAAUAUUAGCGCCACACUUCUCUCGAUAUUAGGAUUAGCUAGAUUUACAAAGAGUAUCCUAUUUUCCUAACUUCCAAAGAUUCGAAGUAGUAAACACGUGCGCAUGGCUUGAAUAUUAAUACAGUGUUGUGACAUUCACAGUGACACGGUUGCAUUGUUGCGUUUCCCCGACAUUUCCUUCAUAUCCUCGAACUCGAUGAUCCCCGGUUAUGCCUUCCCCCCAUUUAGCUCCUUUAGCUGCUCUUUAGUUAGAGAGAGAGAGAGCUUCUGCACUGAUGUAACUGAAGGUUGUGUAGUGUGUUGUUGUGCAUUUGCUGCUGUUUGUUAGAAGUCUAUCUAUGUAUAGUUAGUGUACCAGCCAGCAGGCUGUAUGUGUCUUUCUUCUUACUUACCAACAAAACCCCCAUAUAUAUCCAAAACGUUUGCUCCGUUCGAUGUGUGUAACAAUCAAAUUGCUAUGUGUGUUUUAUAGAUGUAACCUGCUCCACACAUCACAUUAUGUUUUGCUAACCAAAACCAACAGCAAAGCCCUUAAAAAACUAGCAUAACACUGUGUGUUUAAUCCAUGAUCUUUUACUAUCUCCCUUGUAUAUUCUAUUAUCUAUCGAUCCUCUCUUCUUAGUUCCCUCUAGCCCGCCAGCUAGGUUUUGCUCCUCUGCUCGUCCCACCACCAUCACCACCAACUACUACUACUAGUACUACUACUACUACUACUACUUUCGACCAUCGUGUAUCGUCUCCUUCAUCUGUUAACUCAUCACAUCUCAAUAGUAUUUCAAUUGCUCGUCCUGCAAAACAAUACCUCUUCACAGCAGAGUACGUGCCCCCUUCUCCCCGUGCGCGCAGCAGCAACACAAAAACCAUUUACGCAAAACCCAGCUUUUUGCUGUGCGCCACCACACAUCACUCCCUCAUUUUUCUCAUGUAUUCUUCUCUUGUUUCUUCUUUUUUCUCCAUUUUUCUCUUCUUUUUUAUCAUCGUCUUACUUUUUUCUCUCUUUCUCCUUAGCUGCUACAAUAGAACGACACGGCUAUGAAAUUUAGAUGAUGUUUAAUCUGAGAUUACAAGUAAUAGAGAAGAGAAUAGAGGUGAAAACUAGACAACAGGAAAUACACAGCAAGGUAGUAAGACGAGCUAUCAAGAAAGGAGAAGAUAAGAAGAGCAGUAGUUGUUUCAGAGGAAAGAAGAGAAGAUUACAACACUAAACCAAAGCAGAAGAAAACAUCGUGCAAGAUAGAGAGAGAGAGAGAGAGAGAGAGAGAGAGAGAGGACGUGGACGAAGAGAAACAUGCUAGACAAAUCUUACUUUAACUCAAUGCCAACACAGCGUGUGGUUUUGUCGGAGGAGAUAGGCAAUUGAUGUGCAACACACACAGAAUCAUAGAAACGAAUGAAUCCAAUAACGAAAAGAGAAAACUAAUUUAUUAAAAUAGCAUAAUGAAGGUAAAACUAACAAAAUAAAACAGCAUUAAACACGAAAACACGUGGAAGCAAUGCUAACAUUAGGUGAAUUUAAUGUGUAAGAGAUGAUAAUGUAAUUAAAAAAAACAACAGAAAAGGAUAAUCUACUGCGCUAAAACGGACGUGUAUGGUUCACGCGUUCUGUGGAGAGCACGUAACAGAGAGAAAGGGAGAGAGAGAGAGUCCAGAAGAGCAUUGGUUCGCAAUCGUUCUCAUUCAGUUAUAACAAGGCGUUGUUGUUUAGUUUAGCACUCAAUAGAGCAUUUUUAAUAGUACUAUAUUGAAGAAGAUCGUUACUUUGCUUCUAUCCCUAAGUAAUUUGUUCGUAAUGGUUUAUGGUAGGUGUAGUAGUAAAAAGUCCUUCUUUAUUAGCAGAUGAUUGAUUUUGUUUGGAUAUAGGCAAGUAAGAAUGCGCGCCAUGGAUGUGUACAACAGCAAGAAAACAAUGGGAAGGAAGAACGCAAAAACAAGACUGACACACUACUAAAUCGUGUAUCCUGGAGCUCAAUUUUCUGGUUCCUGGAUUUUGGAUGAAACACGAGAAAGCAGCUGCAAAAUUGCAAUGAAAACCGGUAGGAACUGAUGUACAAAUCCGCGCAUGCUUACUUGUCCACCUAGAGGAGGAACACGCACACAUGGGGAAGUGCUACUUUUGUUCCUACACUACUAGAGAGUAUUUCUAAGUUUGCUUCCUCAAUUCUUGUGUUAUUUUUACUAGAGCAAUGCGUCGUAGCGCGUGCAUUUUGCUUCGACAACGAAACAACUACAACAUUCCUCAUCAAAGCUAAAAUUGCUGAAAAUAUACGUUGGAAAUCAUCACACACUCCUCACAAAACUACGCAAUGCUGUAGCGUGCUAGUAGAUAUUACCAACUCCCUCUCCUCCACCAUCUCGAGUAGUUUGUAGCUUUUUCGACUGAUACAACAACAACCCGAAUUGAAUUGAUCUCCGCAUGAGGAGAGAGCUUUAACAUUUUUUCCUCAACGAAACUCGAUUACUAGAUCUGUCCAAAAAUGUACACACAGCGGCAGUUCUGUGCAUUGCACGCACCUACACGCAGCACACUACACCACUACACCACGCGACACACGCAUUGCGCUGCUUUCGAAAUAAAACGUGCAGAAAAGAGCGUUGAGCUUCGUCCGUUUUCUACCCUUUCUUACACUGAAAACCAUCCCCCCCCCCCCCCCCCC